UGCAUGCGCCCGCCACACAAAUUUUCACGCGCAGAGCGUCCCCGAUCUACCGGUGCUCGUGCACGCCAGCAUCUGCCUGUGCUCAGCAAGAAUCCUGUUAACAGCAGUUCACCUGCUGUCAUGCUUUCCAGAGUGGUCCCAGUGGCUGGGGUCACUGCACACAAGAUCAGUAAACAGAUUACUUUCUUCGCCAAUGACGUCGCUGGGACUCCUACAGCUAGCUUUUCACCUGGUCACCCUAAACCUAUAUUGCUGUUACUGCCUUGGCUAGGCUCCAGACCACAAGCCAUUGCAAAAUACUGUGAGAUUUACUUUCGCACGGGCUUCGAUGUACUCGUAGUGGAAAGUGAGGUGAGCCAGUUCUUGUGGCCCCGCUGGGGGUUGGAGUAUGGUGGGCAUUUACUGGAAUUAUUAGAAAGCGAGCGCUUCUCACAGCGCCCACUACUGGUCCAUGCUUUCUCCAUAGGGGGAUAUACAUUUUCUCAGGUGCUUGUACAUGUGGCCAAAGACACCCAACGUUACCAAGGCCUGACAAACAGAAUCAGGGGUCACAUCUACGACAGCCUGGUCAUGGGAUCACUGGAGCAUAUGGCCACCGGCCUAGGUAAAACCAUGUUUCCCCGGAUGGAAGGUCUCGUGAGAACGGCUAGCCUUCUGUACUUCCGUGUCUUUAAACAUCAGACAGUUGACUACUUUAACUCAGCGAUCAACAUUUUCUGGAACACUCCUGUGAAGGCACCUGCUCUCUUCUUUUUCUCUGAGAAUGAUGCACUGUGCGAUUACAAGAGCUUGGAGAAGAUGGUGGAGUUCUGGAGGAAGCGAGGCCUAUCUGUCGAGAGUAAGAAGUGGAAGGAAUCUCUUCAUGCAGGUCAUCUGCGCACCCACACUCAGGAAUACCUGUCCACCCUGGAGAACUUCGUGCUGUCCCUCAACAUGGUGCCUCUAAAGGCCAAAAUGUGAACUGUGAAUGUCCAUCACCUGUCUCAUUAAACAUCAGAAAUUGCCUGAAGUGCCUACUUUUGACUGUUAUAUAGACAUUCUCAUGGUCUUGGUUCUAGUCGAAUUGCUUCUGUCUUGCAAAAAUUGACUGUUUCUCAAACAUUUUUAGUCUGUCAAAAUAUUUAUGAGACUACAUUAAAUGAAGACCAUAGCAUUAGCGUGUUGAAGAUGUGUAAUACUACAUACAAGCUGUUGAUAUGUGACCAGUUUGGUUUAUAGCACUACAGACUCCUGCACUUCGGACCUCAAAAUGACUAUCUUUACACUGUAUAUCAUUAUUUUGUUGUAGAUGUUUAUGAUCAACAACAGUAAAAGAUUUAGGAAACCUUUUGUACGUAUUGAGUCAUAGCUUAUAUGACAACAUGACUCAACUUUUAACAUCUAUCUAUAGUAUGUUCAUUUGAAUACACUGACUGUCAAUCUUGUAUCAUUGAUCUGUUUGCUUCAAAAGGUAACAGCCCUGAUUGCUCUUUCAGUUUUCUUUGACUGUUUUCAAAAGAAAUGGCCUAGUUAUUUACAUUUGUCAAUAAAAUCUUAAUUAAAUGUAUAUUAUACCAUUUGACACAAUCCUGGUAAACCUAUGCAUUGUUGUUUUUCUAGCAAUGACACGUGAAUAAAAUAAAGGUGGUGUGUUCAGGUACCUAUACAGAAAAUAUGGUGAAUACAAGUAAACUCGGACACUUAGGUUUUUGUGUUACGUAUUUCUAUACUUUUAUUCUAAAUAGUGUAAUGGAGAUCUGUAGCUAUUUAAAAUUACAUUGUGGCAUAUUUUAAAACAACGUCCAUGACAAAUUAUCAAAAUGUCCUGCUUUACCUGUAUUCACUGUUUGUCAGUGCAAUAAUGAAGGUUUUUACUUUUUUUUCCCUUCAUCUAGCAAAAGUCAAAUAAAUCAAUCAUUCUAAUUAUUA